GUCAGUAUGUGUACAGUACUGUUAUUUGAAACGCACUAACGCAGUACCUACUACUUCUUUUGAUGUCUUUCUUGGUCUUUUACGAAUCGUUGUAAUGUCUACGAAAAGCUUUUGAUAAGCAAUUACGAUGGAAAACCAGUCAAUUGACAAACCGGCUAUUGUGAGUCCACCGAGACAAGUUCUUCCUGGUUAUGUGGCACAACAGCCUCCACCACACAACAACCAAAUACACUUGCAGACGGAUUUCACGUCUCCACCACCAACACAUCCCCAUGGGUUCUGGCCACAACAAGCUUUUCCCAAUUCAUGGCAAGYACAAUUCCGUAUACCCAGUCCUGCGCCACAGCCCAAAGCUACCGUCACAAACACUACAACAUGCAAUAACAAUGCUCCUACGUUCAGUGCAUCUAGUAACAGUACUAUAAGAUCACCCUUGCCUCGUUGGAGGUCGUUCAACAAUAGUGCACGUCAACGAACACCUUAUCAGUAUGGGAAUACUCCAAGAAAUAAUUAUCCAAGACAGUUCUCUCAAAGUGCUAAUGGGAAUUUCUUUGCUAAUUCUCCACAAAACCCACAAACACCAUCAUCAUCGUCGACACAAAACUGGCCUCAAUUUAGUCAAAGACCUCGAUUCAUACCAAGACAACAUAUGCGUAUGAACAGACCUCGUAGUUCUGUUCAAAAUCAAUCAAAUGGAACUAAUCAGGAAACGAAUGCUGUGACUGAAUGUAAAACACGGAAGCGCAAAUUAAAAUCACAACAAUCUGGAGAACCACAGCGUGCUCAAAAACCAUGGAAUCGUGAAGAUGCUGUWAAAGCAAUUGCUGCUGAAAUGGAACUUCGAACACCUAAAAACAACCAACAAAUUAUGAUCAGAUUUCCAGAUCAUGAAAUUACGCGGCAAAUUGUUCAGAACUUUCAUACUGACAUAAAAUCUGUACAUUUCCAUACGCCAUGUAACCCGAGAUAUUGUUAUGUGCAAGUACAACCAAGUGCAAAUAUCGAAAAUGUUGCAAAUGCACUUAAUGAAACUUUUUUCCAACAUGAAAAAUUAAGAGUAGAAAUUAAAGAGAGUCAGUUUGAAGAAAAAGCUUUUCCAGAGUGCAUUGAUCCAUAUACAUUAUAUCUUGGAAAUUUGCCAACAAAUAUCACAUCUAAUGCUGUUAAAGAUGAAUUUCCAAAAGCCACUCGAGUUGACAUUGKAUUUGCUAAAAAAAUGAAGUAUACAAGAUAUGCAUUUAUUAAAUUUUCCAAUGCGGAAGAUGCAAUACAAGCGUAUAAAGAAAAAUAUAAUUUGGUUAUUGAUAGCCGAUCAGUGGUGUUAAGAUUCAGACGUGGCAAAGGAAAUGUAAAUCCACCUGGACAGGUUGAUAAAUUACCAAAUGAGAUGAAUGAAUUUGAYAUACAAAGUUUGCGGAAAAAAAUCAAAAGAGAGCCUAUUGAAGAAAAUAUUGAUGAAUAUGAUCCUCCUCCAAUUAAUGUAUCAAGAGUAGUUAAGCCUGAAAUGAUGGAAGAGGACGAAUAUGAACAUGAUUCUGUAUAUGAAUCUCAUGUACCUUAUGGAAAUGAUAUUAGCAUAAAAUCCGAGUGUCCAGAUUAUGAUGAUGAAUAUGAUGAACAAUAUUAUGAAGAGGAAGAUACAUCAAAUGUCUCUUAUACUUUCCGAAGAAAUGAAACUGUCAGUAUGGAUGUAGUGCUUGCUGAUAACAACAGUGUCCAGUGCAUUCAAACCGAUCACAAUGACGAUAUCACAAUACCUACUGGAGUUGAGGAUGAAGAUAGACGAUGGAAUGAAAAACCUGAAGACGAAGAUGAGUUUGAUGUGCCAUAUUCAUUUGUAUCAAAAAAACAAGUUUUAUCUGAAAAUAACAAAGACAUAACUUUGCCUACAACUUACUCUGCCUUGAAAGUUGAAGAAUAA